UUACACUAUUCAUCACCCUUUUUCUCUUCCAUUUUAUUUGCAUAGAAGAUUUAGUUUUACGGGUAUACAAUUGUUUGGUGUCUCAUCAAAAUAAAUAAAUGAAGGAAACUAGGAGUUUCAAUUAAUUUCAAAAGCACGUGCCAGAUACCAAAUCAUCGGUCCAGAUGAAAGAGCACUAACCCAAUCCAAGGGUUACCAAUUGAUCCGUACAAACUCUUACUUAUCGACUAGCAACGGUUCAAACCGUCCCACGUGUUCAAAAGAUAAACGUUAUUAACCCUUCUGAUCCAACGGAUCCUGCUCAUUACCUCCCAAAAAUACAAACCCUUACCGUUCCGUUUCACCCUCUUUCUCCUCGCCGGAGCCACCGUCUACCACCGCUGUUGACACUCACCGCCCUCACAACACAACGAUUUCACUUCAACUUUUCGACGCGUUUUGUUCAGCUUACAAGAAACAGCGCUUCAAUUUCACGCGGAAAUCCUGAGUCAAACCAAUUCGUGUGGCGCUUCCAACUCGUUAAACCGAACUCGAAUUCUUUAAUUCUAAUUCAGUUCUAUUCAAUUCGAGUUCAAGAUUCCGAAUUAAAUCGCACCAACACUUCAAUUUCAGAUUCCGGUGAGUUUCUUUCUUAAACAGUUUUCGAUUUGGCGCGGAAUCGAGUCAAAGCGAUCGGAGCUGAGUUAUACUCUCUUCGGCGGCAAAAUAAGAUUCGAAUUGAACAGUCGGAUAUUCAAGAAUGGCGGACUCCGACAACGAUUCCGGUGGUCCGCACGGCGGCGGAUCUAGCGCUCACGGCAGCGAGAUGUCACCGAGAGAGCAAGACAGGUUCCUUCCGAUAGCGAACGUAAGUAGGAUCAUGAAGAAGGCACUUCCAGCGAACGCGAAGAUCUCAAAGGACGCAAAAGAAACAGUUCAAGAGUGCGUUUCAGAGUUCAUCAGCUUCAUCACCGGCGAAGCUUCCGACAAGUGCCAACGCGAGAAGCGGAAGACGAUCAACGGCGACGAUUUGCUAUGGGCGAUGACGACGCUCGGCUUCGAGGAAUACGUGGAGCCUCUCAAAGGUUACCUCCAGAGGUUUAGAGAGAUGGAAGGAGAGAAGACAGUGGUGGCGCGUGACAAAGACGCGUCUCAGCCUUCUAAUAGUGUUAACAACAGUUCCUUUGAGAGUGGUAAUUAUGGUGCUGGGAUGAUGAUGCAUCAAGGACACGUGUAUGGUUCAGGUGGAUUUCAUCAAGGUAUGGGUAAGGGUGGGCCUGGAUAUCCCGGGCCUGGGCCUGGAUCUAAUUCUGGUAGGCCCAGAUAAGCAAUUAUUCAGGAAAAAACACCUUUUCCACUCCAAAUUAGUUUGAAUGUACACAUUCCAAACAAAUCAAGAUGUAUAUUUCCGAACAAAUCAAGAAUUUGUGCUAUCUAGGGGUAUACUUGGAAACCUAAGUGUGAUGACACUUUUUAGAUAAUGAUAGAGGUUUGGUUUGGGUAUUUUGUAUUUUGAUAUCAUUGGUGAUUGAUGACAUUCUCUAAAGUAAGUUUAAGUCAAAGAGAUUUGUAAUGUUGUACUACAAUAGAAAUAGUGCUUAUUUGUAUUGUGAUAAUUUUGUUAAGGUGGGUUUAAUAUUUUCCUUUUGCUAUCAAGUGGAGAAAAGGUGAAUUUAAAUUA